AGUCUGUUUGCAACUCCGUGGUACCUGCGCAUGUGACCAGAUGUACAUUUUCUCCUCCUUAGUCACCCACCAGCAACUGAUAAGCCAGUUGCCUGUGAACCCCUUGACCCUCCUAAGGGCAGCGUGGCAGGUAAGGGCACAGUCACCAUCACGUGAAGUGGCUGCACCAUCGAAAGCAAUACUUCGUUCACGCAGUUCCUAAGAGUGGCAUGACGCAUUCUCGUCUGUCGCUUGAGAAAGUCAGGUGACCCGACCUUCAGCUUUCCUCUGGCAGGAAUGUUCAUCCCUCUGAAUGAGCCUGUUUUGGUUUUAGUUUCUGUACUCCUGCUUUGCUGAUCCUAGCUGUUGGAUCUCCGUGUUCCUGUGAAAACAGGAGACUCAAAAGUUCCAGCAGUUGGUUUAUAACUGCUUUUUAAUAUAGAAGUUAUUUAUGGCUAAGUAGAUAAGAUUUUGAUUUCUUUGCUUUGUGACUCUUCAUACAAAUAAAAUUCCUAGUGUGUCUUUCACCUGACUGUUUUCUUGAAAUGAUGUGGAAAGAUCCAUGAUAACCUUGGGGAAUGUUGAACCUAUCAUAAAAAGUAAUCUUUUAGCACAAAGAAAAACGUCCAGUGUCAGUAUGUUAAAUGACAUUUUAUAGGCCCAGGGAGUCUGCGUUACAGUGUUACUGAUCAUUGAAUUGAGAUGACAGAGUAUGGUUGUUAGACACCUGAACCACAAAAGGAAGGUUUAGUGCUUAACCUCUAAAUUAACUUUGUUCUUCUAGCUUGGUGGGACAGUAGGAGAUAUAGAAAGCAUGCCCUUUAUUGAGGCCUUCCGUCAAUUCCAGUUCAAGGUCAAAAGAGAGAACUUCUGUAACAUUCAUGUCAGUCUAGUUCCUCAGCCAAGUUCAACAGGGGAACAGAAGACUAAACCCACCCAGAACAGUGUUCGGGAACUCAGAGGGCUUGGGCUUUCCCCAGAUCUGGUUGUGUGCAGGUGCUCAAAUCCUCUCGACACGUCAGUGAAAGAGAAAAUAUCAAUGUUCUGCCAUGUUGAACCUGAACAAGUGAUCUGUGUCCACGAUGUCUCGUCCAUCUACCGAGUCCCCUUGUUGUUAGAAGAGCAGGGGGUUGUAGAUUAUUUUCUCCGGAGACUUGACCUUCCUAUUGAGAGGCAGCCACGGAAAAUGCUGAUGAAGUGGAAAGAGAUGGCUGACAGAUAUGAUCGCCUGCUGGAGACCUGUUCUAUUGCCCUCGUGGGCAAAUACACCAAGUUCUCAGACUCGUACGCCUCCGUCAUUAAAGCUCUGGAGCAUUCUGCACUGGCCAUAAACCACAAAUUGGAAAUCAAGUACAUAGAUUCCACGGACUUGGAGCCGAGCACCUUGCAGGAGGAGCCCGUGCGCUACCACGAGGCCUGGCAGAAGCUGUGCAGCGCUCAUGGCGUGCUGGUUCCAGGAGGAUUUGGUGUCCGAGGGACUGAAGGAAAAAUCCAAGCGAUCUCCUGGGCUCGGAAACAGAAGAAGCCUUUUUUGGGCGUGUGCUUAGGAAUGCAGUUGGCAGUGGUUGAAUUUUCAAGAAAUGUGCUGGGAUGGCAAGAUGCCAAUUCUACGGAGUUUGACCCUAACACCAAUCAUCCUGUGGUCAUAGACAUGCCAGAACACAACCCUGGCCAGAUGGGCGGAACCAUGAGGCUGGGCAAGAGGAGAACCCUGUUCCAGACCACGAACUCUGUCAUGAGGAAACUCUACGGAGAUGCAGAUUACCUGGAAGAGAGGCACCGCCACAGAUUUGAGGUGAAUCCAGCCUUGAAAAAGAGUUUGGAGGAGCAAGGCUUGAAGUUUGUUGGCCAAGAUGUUGAAGGAGAGAGAAUGGAAAUUGUGGAGUUGGAAGAUCAUCCCUUUUUCGUUGGAGUUCAGUAUCACCCUGAGUUCCUGUCCAGACCUAUCAAGCCUUCCCCACCGUACUUUGGCCUCCUCCUGGCCUCCGUGGGGAGGCUCCCUCAUUACCUCCAGAAAGGCUGCAGGCUCUCACCCAGGGACACCUACAGUGACAGAAGUGGGAGCAGCUCCCCUGACUCUGAAAUCACUGAACUGAAGUUUCCAUCAAUAAAUCAUGACUGAUGGUAACGGGUGAUUCUUGAAGAGAGCCUUUGGACUUCAGGAGUUUACAGCUUUGAUUUUACAUUCAGCUUUUGACACUUCCUUUAAAUUAUGUUUUUAUUAAGAUUAUUUUAUUUUGAGGGAAGGUAUUUGUGACUUGCAUGUCCCGCCAUGUGUCCCGGCUCCCGCACGCUGUGCUGACUGGUGUCCCACACUCUCCUUUGCGGUCCUCCAGCCUCGGGCGAGAAGCAGGACAUCCGGGCGGAGCGGGUGAUGGCCGGGUGCCAGGGGAGCCCAUCGGUCACCGCGCUUCUCCAGCCACCUUGCGUCACUGUGGCUUCGAGCGUGUAGCUGUUCCUUCCCCCGAUGCCGAGGCCAUUAUAAAAGGUGGGCCGUGCGGCCUGUGUGGGCAGAGAGGGGUGAGUCCAGCUGGUGCUCACAGCCCAGUGCCGGAACCCGAGGGCACUGCUUGAGCAAGAGCCGUGAAACCAGAAACAGAGUCGGCCCUGCCCUGUGCUGGAGGACUCGUUGUCCAAAAGGACGGUCAGUUUGGCGUCACACAGAACGGCAAGAACUCUGUCUCUCUGACGUCUGAGUUUAGAAGCCGCGCUUCUCUUCUCGGGAAUCACUCCUUGCAUCAAGGGGUCACUUAACAAAGAAUCUUUUGGGGAAACUGCCUCUAAACCCCUCUCAUAUGGGGUUUUGCUCGAGGGAACUUUACAGCUUUGCUCAAGGGGACUUUUGCCUUCCAGAAUGGUGUUACUACGGUUGAAAUGCAAUGUAUGAAAAGCUAUUUUCUUAAUGUGGUAUAACGACAGGCAGAGCUCGUGCCCAUUAUAUCCUGGCUGGACUCGAUGUAUACUCUAACUUAAGAAAUAAAUAACGCAGAGCAAGAGACA